AGAAAUUAUUUUAGAAUUAAAAUAAUUUUAUUUAUUUUGGGAGAAAUACGGUACCAAGUCGGUGCGGUUGCUUAGCAACAGGGAUUACUCGGUGUUUGUCGUUUUAUAAAAAUUAUAGAAUAUUACUGGUUCCCCAUUACACGUCGGUAUACAGUUGUAGCUAAGCAAUUUCAAAAACAACUAAAUACAUCCAAUGAAAAGACGUUUUGGUAUAAAUAAUCCAAUCAUUGUUACCAUGAACAAUUUAUCUUCUAAAGACAGCAUAAAAGCACGAAAUUACCGUGAUAUCUUCCUUGAUUACACUGUCAACAAAUAGCUGCGUCAAAUUUAGCAAACAGGAUUUAACAAGUAAUUAUUUAAGUUUUUUAUAAGAAAUUAUGCCACGUAGACAGGGCGGAGGAAGAGCUCGACGGAGGGACAGAGCCAGGAGUCCUCCAAGAAUCAACCAACGUGUGUUGAGAAAUAGGGCAGCACAAAAUCUGAGGGAACAAAGGCCGGAACGUAGACAGGCUAAUGUCGCUAGGGGUCGAGCAAACAGAGUCAAUGAAGCACGUGCGGUUGCCGACCGGGAUCACCCUGCUGGCAAUAUCCCGGGGGCAGAUAAUCUGAGGGAACAAAGGCCGGAGCGGAGACGGGCUAACAUCGCUAGGGGCCGAGCCAACGAAGCACAGGCGGUUGCCGAGCAGGAACACCUUGCUGGCAAUAUCCCAGGGGCAGAGCAGGAACACCCUGCUGGCGAUAUUCAUGCGUUACAGCGGGAACACCCAGCGGAGCGGGACCCUGAGCGACAGCGAGGGCGGAAACGGCCAUCGGAGGAGUUGGAGGACCUGGUGGAUGAUACCAUCACAAACACAGAAGCCGAUGUAUGGUGUCUGGGAGAUUCAAUAAUGUACUGGGCGGGAAAUCGUGCGGCUGGAACUAGCAAGCCAACUUUAAAGCUGAAUACGACAAUAGCAUGGUUAGGAGUGCGUGGAUUGCAUUGGCAUGAUUUCCGACAUACCGUUGAAUAUCAGGUGCUGUUUUGUAACUCGCCCCCCAAAAUUAUUUUCAUACAUUUAGGUGGGAAUGAUUUAUCUUCUUUGUCAAUCUUAGACAUAAAAGAUUAUAUUAAGAAAGAACUGAGUUACAUGCGUGACGCUUUUCCAGAUGCGGUAAUUAUAUGGGUCGAUAUUUUACAACGCCGCAUCUGGAAGGGUGCUACGGGUGGUUGGGUCGGAAUAGAACAGAAAAGAAAAAGAGUUAACAGAAUUGGUCGUCAGUUACUGAAAGAUGUAGGAAAUGUAGAUGUUAUAAGAACAGAUAUUGAUGCCAAAACAAACUUUUUUCGCAAAGACGGGGUUCAUUUGAAUGAUAUAGGCUUAGAAUUCUUCUUAUAUGAGAUUAAACAGGCCAUAAUUAAACACUUGUAAGAUUAUUUAAGAAUUGGGGGAGAAAUUUCGUGAACAGUUUUCCGCUCAAUUUCUUGUGGCCAAAAUUCUUAAAUUCUUAGGGGGGAACAGACGUGAUUAGUUAAUUUACCCUGUUUAAGGCUCAAUUCUCGAGACGGAGCACUCGUCUGGGAAGGCAGGCCAUAUUUCAGGAAAUCAUUACUUUUGGCGUUCUUGAUUGGAAUCUAUAGGAAAUGGACCGUAUGUUGGAAUGGAUUGAAUGGUUCGGGCUUGUCAUAAGGAAUGGCAACCCAAAUAGUUUGGAAUGGAGGAAUGCAUUCGGGUUUUGCCCUAAGGAUGGCAAUCCCGUACGGUUGCAGUAUAUGGCCUCAUCGUACUUGGCAUGGAUCGGGGUUUUAUUCUUACGCAGGACGACUCGGCGAGGAAUAAAAUCUUCGAUUCAGCUGCCAUUGCGGUGAUUUGUCUGUGGUAUAUUGCACUUAAUGAAUCAUCGGUCCGCAAUAAAAAUUUUAAUUAAAUAAAUAACACGUUCACGUCUGUUUCCCCCUUACUUGAGCGGCCAAUAACCUUCCAACCAUUUACUAUAUAAAUGAGGCUCUGAUUACUAUUGUGUAUUGUAUACGCACUCCAGAUUGUGUUUCAUUCAUUGACGAAAUAAUAAUAAAAGUCAUAUGUUAUAGAAAUUGUUUUGUUUCGACUUAUGAAAUAAUAGAAAUUAUUUUAGAAUUAAAAUAAUUUUAUUCAUUUUGGGAGAAAUACGGUACCAAGUCGGUGCGGUUGCUUAGCAACAGGGAUUACUCGGUGUUUGUCGUUUUAUAAAAAUUAUAGAAUAUUACUGGUUCCCCAUUACACGUCGGUAUACAGUUGUAGCUAAGCAAUUUCAAAAACAACUAAAUACAUCCAAUGAAAAGACGUUUUGGUAUAAAUAAUCCAAUCAUUGUUACCAUGAACAAUUUAUCUUCUAAAGACAGCAUAAAAGCACGAAAUUACCGUGAUAUCUUCCUUGAUUACACUGUCAACAAAUAGCUGCGUCAAAUUUAGCAACCCACCCACCGCACCCUUUUUUUUCUACUUUUAAUUUUAAGCCAUUUUGUGAGGCGGAAGAAAACAAUUUCUCUCUAAACAGUGAUAUAAAAUAUGAAACCUUAUGUGCAAUGAAUGUUUAUGUCGAUGUUGAUUUGACAACACUCUGCUGCUUUACUUCUUUAUUUCCAGAAGUGUAAUCUAUAUACAAAUAAUUGCAAGCUGUCAGAAUGAUACGUGGAGCACAUUGAUGGCCAUCAAAACUCACGAGCCAGUAGAUAUACGGACAGAAACCAUUCUUUACUCGGAUGUUAUAUGUGAGGACAGUUCAGUGCUAUUGCGUUACAUGUCGUACAACUGUAUUAUUAUCAUGUGAUGUGUUUGGUACGCUCGUGAAGGACUGGUACUUUUUAUAGGAAAUGAUACUACUAUAUAAGUGUAUUAUUCUUUAUAUGGAUGUGCUAUAACUUUCAAUACCAGCGAUGGCUAUUAUGAUCCACGUGAACUCUAGCUUAUCAGUAUAUGUGUUUGUUGCUAACAACACUAUAAGUUACUUAUUUUCUAAGGAUUGGUCUAAGUAAGAUUCAUCAGUCUUAUUUAAACUAUAUAUAACUAUAAAAUACUUUGUAUAUGUAUUAAUUGUUGCAAGUAUAAAUUUUAAUAAUUUGUCGCUCUAUUGGCCAAAAUUCUUAAAUUCUUAGGGGGGAACAGACGUGCUUAGUUAAUUUACCCUGUUUAAGGCUCAAUUCUCGAGACGGAGCACUCGUCUGGGAAGGCAGGCCAUAUUUCAGGAAAUCAUUACUUUUGGCGUUCUUGAUUGGAAUCUAUAGGAAAUGGACCGUAUGUUGGAAUGGAUUGAAUGGUUCGGGCUUGUCAUAAGGAAUGGCAACCCAAAUAGUUUGGAAUGGAGGAAUGCAUUCGGGUUUUGCCCUAAGGAUGGCAAUCCCGUACGGUUGCAGUAUAUGGCCUCAUCGUACUUGGCAUGGAUCGGGGUUUUAUUCUUACGCAGGACGACUCGGCGAGGAAUAAAAUCUUCGAUUCAGCUGCCAUUGCGGUGAUUUGUCUGUGGUAUAUUGCACUUAAUGAAUCAUCGGUCCGCAUUAAAAAUUUUAAUUAAAUAAAUAACACGUUCACGUCUGUUUCCCCCUUACUUGAGCGGCCAAUAACCUUCCAACCAUUUACUAUAUAAAUGAGGCUCUGAUUACUAUUGUGUAUUGUAUACGCACUCCAGAUUGUGUUUCAUUCAUUGACGAAAUAAUAAUAAAAGUCAUAUGUUAUAGAAAUUGUUUUGUUUCGACUUAUGAAAUAA